UGCCGGAAGUGCCUCCGCUCCUGCCACUGGACCAUGGAGACCGUGGCCCAGUAGAGACCUUGGUGCGAGGCUUGCAGGGGCGGUGGCCAUGGAGGCCGUGCUGAACGAGCUGGUGUCUGUGGAGGAUCUGAAGAAUUUUGAAAGGAAGUUUCAGUCUGAGCAGGCGGCUGGCGCUGUGUCCAAGAGCACGCAGUUUGAGUACGCCUGGUGCCUGGUGCGGAGCAGGUACAACGAGGACAUCCGCAGAGGCUGCGCGCUGCUGGAGGAGCUGUUGCCCAAAGGGAGCAAAGAGGAGCAGCGGGAUUAUGUCUUCUACCUGGCCGUGGGCAACUAUCGGCUCAAGGAAUAUGAGAAGGCUCUGAAGUACGUUCGCGGACUGCUGCAGACGGAACCCCAGAACAACCAGGCCAAGGAGCUGGAGCGCCUCAUUGACAAGGCCAUGAAGAAAGAUGGACUAGUGGGCAUGGCCAUUGUUGGCGGCAUGGCCCUGGGUGUGGCGGGCCUGGCUGGACUCAUUGGACUGGCGGUCUCCAAGUCCAAACCCUGAGGGUGGCAGCCUCGCCUGCGUCUACCCCGGCACCUGGAGCCUGGGGACACUGGAAGACAGACGGUCCUGGCUGUCCUCCCAUUGCCUUCCCUCUUCCGCGCCCUCUGUCCACCUCCGCAGUGUCCAUUGCCCUCCGCCUCCCGUGCCCCGUCUCCUGACACCUGUUGUCUAGGUCAUGCUUCGCAUUGAGGGUCAAUAAAAUCAGGCUGUGGCCUGGGAA